AAUUAUGGACUCCUCAAACGCAUUUGAUGGUUACCCACCAAAGCCGGGUGCCUCCACUCCGCUGCCGCCGCAGCCGGUAGAUGGCGUCCCGGUGCAACCCAAGAACCCAGAUUAUUUGAAUAAUGCGGGUCUCCAUGCUCAACCCGUGAACAAUGUGCCUUGGUCCGCCGGGCUCUUCAGUUGCUUCGACGACGUUCCAACUUGUUGCUUGUCAUUUUGGUGCCCAUGCAUCACAUUCGGGCGAAUCGCGGAGAUUGUCGAUCGCGGAUCAGUUUGUAACAUGCCCUUGAAUGGAGCUAUUUACACAGCGAUCACUUUGUUGACCGGGUGCGGCUGGUGCUACUCCUGCUUCUACCGCUCCAAGAUAAGACAGCAAUACCAGCUGCAAGAGGCUCCUUGCGCCGAUUGCUUAGUCCAUUUUUGCUGCGAAUCCUGCGCUUUAAUGCAGGAGUACCGUGAGCUCGAAAGGCGCGGAUUCGACAUGUCCAUUGGAUGGUAUGGGAAUAUGGAAAGGCAGAACAGAGGAAUCCAAAUGGCUCCAGUUCCUCCUGGAGGCAUGAUGAAGUAGAGAUUGAAAAUCACCUCAACUCGGCUUAAAUGCUCCGAAAAGAUGAACGUAAAAGCCCUUGUAGGGUCUUCUUUUUUUUUUCCCUUUGAUUGUAUCUUC